UCAAAGAAAGCUAUCAGUUUCUUAAGGGUUAGUUAACAGGACUCUAUUUCUCCUGCCUUACUGCAAAGAGCUAGCUGACUUAAAUUGGAGGGGAGAAAGAUAAAAGAAAAGGCAAAGACAACAAUGAAAAGAAGGUACAUAGAUGGAAUCAAGGAGCCUACACAGAGGCAAGUACUAUUUCUAUUCAUAGUCUGGUCUGUGUUCUGCUAUGUGGUGUCUGAGCAGGUUCACUAUUCCAUUCCAGAGGAAUCAGAGAAGGACUCCUUUGUGGGGAACCUUGCUAAAGACCUGGGGUUGGAGGUGAGAGACUUGGCAAAGCGCAGGCUUGCAAUCUCUUCAGAAAAGCAGUACUUUUCUCUCAAUGAACACAGUGGCAACCUGUAUGUGAAGGACAGGAUAGACCGGGAAGAGAUUUGUGGAAAAUCACCCACUUGUGUCCUAAACCUAGAGGUUGUGGCACAUAAUCCCUUGAAUAUUUUCCACAUAAAGAUUUUUAUCGAGGAUGUGAAUGAUAAUGCCCCACAUUUCCGGAAAGAAAGUAUUGACCUUAAAGUGAGUGAGUCUAAUCUGCCAGGAGCUCGGUUUCCUAUUGGAAAUGCUGAAGACAAGGACAUUGGAAUCAACUCCCUCCAGAACUAUCAGUUGAGUCCAAAUCCAUACUUUAAUCUAGAAAUAAAAGAGGCCAAAGAUGGUGGGAAAUAUGCAGAAUUAAUAUUGCAGAAACAACUAGACAGGGAAAAAGAAGAAAUGCACUACUUGAUCCUGACAGCUACAGAUGGAGGUGAACCAAGAAAAACUGGAACUGCCAACAUACAAGUUAUUGUUACUGAUGUAAAUGACAAUACACCUGUUUUCUCCCAGGAAACCUACAAGAUAAGCCUAAAAGAAAAUGCACCUGUAGGAAGCUCUGUGCUUCAAGUUAAAGCUUCUGAUAGUGACAAAGGAUCAAAUGCUGAAAUCAUUUAUACUUUCAGUAACAUCCCAGAAAUUGCUGAGCAGAAAUUUUAUCUAGAUUCAAGAGAUGGAAAAAUAACACUUAAAGAGGCUAUGGAUUUUGAGGAUACACAAAAUUAUGUGAUGGUGAUACAAGCAAGUGAUGGAGGUGGGUUGGUGGCGUAUUGCAAUGUGGAGAUUGAGGUGCUUGAUGAAAAUGACAAUGCUCCAGAUGUGAUCCUUACUUCCAUGUCCAGCCCAGUUCCUGAAGAUAUUGCACCGGGAGCUGUGUAUUGGCUUUGGCUUUGGUGUCCUUUCUGUUCCUGGUGGCAGUGA